GCGCACCCGAGGCCCGCGCUUGGCGGCCGCUAGGGGGCGGUUCUGCGCUUGCGCCGUGGGAGGGGCGUGAAAGCCCGGUGCGCCGGCGCCCCCCAUGCCCCAGGAGGCCGGCCGGUGGCGUCGGGGGGCGCCAUGGCCACGGCGGCGGCGGGCGAAGCGGAAGAGACCACCCGCCUGCGCAAGCCGCGCUUCUCCUUCGAAGAGAACCAGAUCCUGAUCCGUGAGGUCCGCGCCCACUACCCGCAGCUCUACGGAGCGCAGAGCCGUCGGGUGAGCGUCGCUGAGCGGCGGCGCGUGUGGGACGGCAUCGCUGCCAAGAUCAACGGCAUCACCAGCUGGAAACGCACCGGCCAGGAGGUGCAGAAGCGCUGGAACGACUUCAAGCGCCGCACCAAGGAGAAGCUGGCCCGCGUGCCGCACUCCACGCAGGGCGCCGGGCCUGCAGCUGAGGACGCCUUCUCCGCGGAGGAGGAGACCAUUUUUGCCAUCCUGGGGCCGGGUGUGGCGGGGCCGGGAGCCGGUGCAGGGGCCGAACAGCCCCCCGCGGCCGCUUCCUCACAGCCCCCAGCCCCAAGUGCCUGUGCUCAACGCUAUGUGUUGUUGGAAGACCGCAGGGAGGACCGUCGGGCAGAUAACCCGGCCCACAGCAAGGGGGGCUCCAGCAGCCCAGAGCCCUGGGCCCGGACCGCCUGCAAGGCCCAGGAAGGGGGCUGCCCGCCCUCCAAGGAGCGUGAGUCCCCACCCCCUCCAGCCCUCCAGAAGACGGUCCAGCUGCCCCGCCUGGCCUUGUCGCCACCGCCCCCAGCCCCUCCACCGCCACCACCUCAGCCUCCACAGCAGGUCCAGGCGCCACCCUCGGCCCCCAGCCCUCCACCCCCUCCGCUGCCUCAGCCCGUGCCCUCAGCCCCCGAACCCUCCCUGGACUUCCUUCGGGCCCAGCAGGAAACGGCCAGCGCCAUCCGGGAGCUGGCCGGCACCCUUCGGCAGGGACUGGCCAAGCUGAGCGAGGCCCUCAGCGCCCUGCUGCCCCUCCUGCCUGGAACCCAGGUCGACCCGCUGCCCCCACCUCCGCCCCCGCCCCCCAGACCUGUUGUGGUGCCACCACCCGCCCCCAAGGUGGAGGCCACCCCUGAGCCUGUGUCCGUGGUGGCUGCUGUUGUGGACAGGGCUGGGGUGGCAGCCAGGGGGGUGAUCAUCGCCCCCAGGAGUGAAGAAGGGGUUCCCCGGGCACCCCCAGCCCCACCGCCUCCCCCUGACUCCCCUCCACACAAGAGGAGGAAAGGUUUCCCCACAAGGAAGAGGCGGGGGCGGUGGAAAACCCCAUGAAGUCUGCCUUUGGGGUUGAGCCUGUCUGCACCCUGCUUGUGCCGCCCCCCAGCUUAGCCCAGUGGAGGAGGGCUCGUGCCUCCCCAGCCCAGCCGCACCCUGGCUCCCUGCUGCAGGGGCGCAAGCACCCCGGCCCCUGUACUAGUUAGUGCCUGAUUCUUGGGGAGCCCCUUCACGGGCCCCCAGCCCUCUCUCCAGUACAGCGCUGUCUGCCUGGCUGCUUCCCUUAACCUUGACUUCUAAGCCAUGGAUUUUACAUUAUUUAUUACCGCCCUUUGUGGGUGCGGAGGGAACCUCUCGGGUCUGCACAUCCCCCGCCCCUCACAAUUCCUGGUCUUGACUUGAAGAGAACUGACCUGGGGCCCUUCCCACCCCUCCUCCGUCCAUACUGUGGAGUGGGUGGGAUUGCAAGACAAAUCAGAACUUGGAGGACACAGAGGAUACAGCAGUUGUGCCCUAGGGAGCGGGGGUGGAGUUCCUACUGGGGGGGCGAUUGGGUGGGCCCUCUGCCUCCCCUGUGGUCUCCAACCUCCAGAGCUCAGCCCCUCCCUGCUCCCCAGUGGUGACAAGAUGACAAUAAACUUAUUUUUACUACAAUUACAUGGGGCUCUGUCUGAG